CUCGGUAGCCCCAGGGCGGCGGAGGGGAGCGGCGGGGCCCGGGCCGGCCGUACGCCCGUUCUUAGCUGGGGUUUAUCGGUGUCUGGGCUUGUGGUUGGAGCUCCACAGAGCCUUCGGGGCCGCUCGUUCCCCUCGGUGGUGAGGAGGGGAUGCCCGGUACCGGCCGGUGGUGCGAACUGCUCUGGGGAUGCGAAAUUCAAGGGCGCGUGUUUCAAACGUGCCGGGGGUGUUGCGCGCAAGGUACCUUGAAGGGUGAGGGCAGCUGUGAUGCACAUCUGGUUGACAAAGAAGGCAUCAGUUUUUCCUGGGCACUUUACAAAACUAGCUGGAUUAAAAAGGGAAAAAAAAUGAAAGGCAAAGCUCGUGCAGGUGAUUUUCAAGUCCAGGAUUUUGUCAAGAAGAAGAAAAAGAAGAAGAGGAAACACAAUGGGUACAAGAACAAACACGAAAAUGCUGAAAGUGCAGAGGCUCCAGAGCUCGGCCGCGCUUCCCCGCUGCUGUUUGAAGAUGCAGCAGCACAGCGUGGGGAGGGCAGGAAAAAGAAAAAAAAGCUGAAAGAAAAGGGUGAGAAGCAGCAGGCUUUGAUAGAUAAUUACUGUGUGAGACUGGAACAUGAAAUGAGCAAUGGGACUGGAGCAGCUGCUUCCCCCAAGAAGAAGAGGAAGCGGAAGGGUAACGAGAGCACUGAUGAGCACAGCAAUGUCACCUGUGUCCCUGUGAACCAGUACAGCACCCAGGACUGCCAGCAGGAUGCUGCUGAUUAUGUUUAUUUUAAAAAAGCUAAGAAGAAAAAGAAAGCAAAGCUGCCUGAAGCGGACGAGGUGUGUGAGCUGCCUCCCUCGGAGGAACACAGCAAGGGCCACAAAGAGAAAUCCAAAAAGAAGAGGAAGAAGAGGAGAGAGGGCAGUGCUCAGGAUGUGCAGAAAGACACAGAUGGAGCAGCUGAGCAGUCACUGCUGUCAUCCUCAGAGCAGAGCAGGGGGCACAGGGGGUGCCCUUCACCUGCAGGCGAGGAUGGGGACUGUGAUGCUGCUUCUGCCAUCAGUGAGGUCUCCAUGGAGGUCCCUGCUGAUUUUUCUACACCCAAUAAAGCAGCUGAAAAGACUCCAGCACAUGCUAAAAAGGCCAAAAAAAGCAGCACUGUUGUCAUGGAAGAAAGCUCUUCGGAGUGUGACAUGAUGACACCAAAACCUUCGGCAUCAAAUAAAAAGAAGAAGCAGAAGAAGCAGAACAGUUCCUUUGCUGAAUUGGCAGCCUCUGAUGAGGUCAGUCUGGAUGGUGAAGAAGGCCUGGACUCUGUCACGUCUUCAGUCAUGGAUUUGGAUACUGCAAGACAAGAACUGGAAGAGUUUAUUCCUCAUGUGAAGAAUAUAUCAGACAGUUCAAUCAAGAAGAUGGCUGGAAGAGACCUAAUGAGAUUUAAGGAGUUUAAAAAACAGGGUAUUGCUGUCAAGUUUGGCAGAUUUACCCAGAAGGAAAAUAAACAAAUCCAGAAAAACGUUGAAGAGUUCUUAUCACUUACUGGAAUAGACAGUGCUGAAAAACUUCUGUUUACCUCGAGGUAUCCAGAAGAUAAAGACACCAUCCAUCGCCUGAAAACAGAACAUCAUUUUUGUGAAAAAAUUUCUGAGGGCAUACCCCGACCCUGGAGGCUGAUAUAUUACCGAGCAAGGAAGAUGUUUGACCCAAAUAAUUAUAAAGGAAGGUAUACUAAGGAAGAAAAAGAAAAAUUAAAGAAGUAUCAAGCUCUGCAUGGCAAUGAUUGGAAGAAGAUUUCUGAGCUGAUGUCCCGUUCUAACCUCUCGGUUGCUAUGAAAUUCUCUGAAAUCAAGUCAGCUAUUAAUUAUGGUCCUUGGACAAAGGAAGAGACCCAGAAGUUAAUGAAUGCAGUGAAGGAGGUGAUGAGGAGGAAACUGAAAACAGAAAAUCCAAGUUCUCUUUCCUCACUGGAACAGUCAAGCACAGAUCCCUGGAUUGAACGCGAGAAGCUGUACCAGCAACUGCCAUGGACUGAGAUUGAAACCAAAGUGGGAAGUCGAUAUUGGAGACAGUGCAAACAGAAGUGGAAUUCAAUUUUAACAAGCAAAUUGACCAAAGGGCAGCAGUUAUAUAGAGGGAGCAAUGGAUUACAGGCCAAGAUCAACCUUAUUAAAAGGUUGUAUGAAACGAAAGCAGAGGAUGCCAGUGAAGUAAACUGGGAUGAACUCAGUAAUGCUAUUGGAGAUGUCCCUAGAGCCUAUGUUCAAGCAAAGUUUUAUAGGCUGAAAGUGUCCUCUGUCCCUUUAUGGAAAAGAAAGACCUUUUCUGAAAUUAUUGACUAUCUGUAUGAAAAGAAGCUCCCAGAACUUGAAGAAAAGUUAAGAAAAAAGGAGGGGAAGCACUGUAGUUUUGACAAUUCAGCAGCUAGUCAGCAGCAGAAGGCUUUCAGACUCAGUGACAUCUUUGACUCCAGUGAAGAGAGUGAUUAAUUGACUUCCUAAAAGCAAUUCCUAAUAUGCAUAUUUAACUGCAAAUGGGUCUGGUUGAAAGUGGGUACAGCCCACCACCUGCAGGUACCCAGGCUGUUGAGUAAUGGGAAAUGUCAGGAUAGGCACUUCUGAUUGUCUUGUUUCAUAUUGAAGACUGAGUUAAACAGAGCUUUUGUGCCACCUUUUAUUAUUUCAAUGUAUCUCUGGUUUUAUAAGUUUUCAUUUAAGCAUGCAAGUUGCUUUCUAAAUGUCUCAAAAUACUUUUUUUCUGUGGAGUUGAAAGCUGCUGUUUUCCCUUUAUGAAUGAACUUGGUUUUCAGAACUUUAUUUUUUUUAAAUUAUUUAAAAUUCAUGGGAUUGGAAAAAGGCUUUCAGUUUGCUUUUACAUCUCUAAUAACCAAGUCUUAAGACAUCUGUGUUGAUGAAAACAGCACAACUUUUCAGUUGGUUUUUUUUUAAAACAGGUAUCUUAUUCUUAAAAGCAACUGAUUUUAUUUUUGAUGCAGACUCACACUUUUCUCAGCCCUUCUAGAAAAAAAGGACUUUUGUCCGUUACUAUUCAUCAUUUCACGCUAACCAAAAUAAAUAAUUUAAAAUGUUUUUAUUAAUAUUUGGAAUACAGAGACAAAACUGUGUGUAUAUAUAUAUACAUAUAUUUUUAUUGUGCCAAGGAGAAUUUCUGCAUUUUAAUAAGAAAAUUAAGCAGUAAGAUGGAGGUUGUACACAUGUUUUGUAUGAUAUUUUUAACUCUCUGCCUGAAAUGAUUAUUUGUAGAACGACUGAAUGAAUGUAAAAAACCCCAAAAAUACCUUACUGUGUAAAGUCUUUGUAUGGCUUGUUUAUAUUUCCCAUAUGCUGAAUUAGACAGUAAUGCAAGAAAAGUCAGUCCCUGCUUUUUGAGGGUCAUUUUGAUAAGUGAGAACUUCCCUCUUCAAUUCUAAUAAUCAUCACUGAAAAUCUAGAACUUUCAAUCAGCUUGAAAUAAAGGCCUUUUUGGAGGGUCUGGAAGGUGACUUACAGCAAGGAACUUUUAAAGGAGAACUUUCCACCUUUAACUAUGUCUGGCUUUAGUCUCUCUGAAGAUAGAAAGCAGUGGGAUUUUUGUGAGACAGGCAGGACCUCCCCUCUAAUCAGCUGCUGCUUUGAGGGUAAAGUUUUCCAGCCAAGAGAUGAAAUGGGAUGGGGGGAAGGAAACAUAUACCACUUCCACUUAAGUCUUUGAUUUGCAUUGCUUCAUGGGUUUGAAGGUUAAAAGCUGAAAAAUUUGAAUUUCUGAAUCUAAAGUUUGUGUUUUUCAAGGGGUUUUUUCUUGGAAAAUGGAGAUGCUCUGAAUUGUCUGCAGGCAAGAGCACAAACACCUGGUUGUAGAGUUUGUAGAGUAGAUCUUGAAGAAAUAAACUUCUACCUCCACAAUGA